CCGAGCACUCUGACGAUAUCGGCUUCCUCUAUAAAAGCGGUCUUCUAUGCGCCGUGUUUACUCAGUUUGAAACAAGUGUUUCGAGGAAAAUGCAGUCCGCGAAAGUGAUCUUUGUUCUGUCUUUGACCCUGGCCGUUGCCUUUGCUAGCCCGAGGCUGCCGCCCGGUGCCCCAAAACCCCUGGAAGGAGAUGACUUGUCCAAGGCUAAGGAGCUCUUGAACACCACCCUCGCCCAACUUGCCACAGGAGAUGGUCCCAAUUACCAAGUACUGAAUGUGAUCUCGGCAUCUAGCCAAUUGGUCGCUGGCACGCUGCACAAAUUCGAGGUGGAGCUGUCCAACGGAUCCGAGACCAAGGAGUGCACCGUUAGGAUCUGGGACAGGCCAUGGCUGCACGAGAAGGGAGAGGCCACCAAUGUGAAGGUUCAGUGCAAAGAUGACGCGUUGGUUGAAAAGACCUGGUAGACCGUGUUUGCAGUGCUUACACAUCAAAUUUGCGAUUUAAUUUUCUGCUUGAGAAUUUGAUCAGAAAUGGGACAAUAAAUGUUCGAUGCACGCAUA